AUGAAGAAAUUGGGGACAGGGAAAAAAAGCAUGGAAAGCCAAAUAGAAGUGGAUGCCCAGAAGCUCAUAGAGAUUUUUGCACGUGAAAAGGAUGAAAACUUUAAGGAACUGAUUGAUGCCAUUGAAUAUAUCUUCAAAUUUGGAGGAUCCCCCAUUCAUAUAUUGUUUGAAAUGUUCCCAUGGCUCAUGAAGCGUCUUCCAGGGCCUCACUUGAAGACCCUAGAGAGCACAGAGGUUAUGAUUUCAUUUGGAAAAAAAGAAAUACAUAAACAUAAGGAGCAACUGUCCUCCCAUGAGCCAAAGGAUUUCAUUGAUUACUACCUGCUACAUAUAGAGAAAGAACAGAAGACUGAUCCUACCUCUAUAUUUGAUGAAGAUAACCUGGUUCAUUGUAUUAGUGACCUCUUUAUCGCUGGAACACAUAUAUCUGCAUUGUUUAUGCAAUGGGCAAUCCUCCUUUUGGCAAAUCGUCCAGAUAUCCAAGAUAAAAUCAUCAAGGAGAUAGAAGAUGUUUUGGGUUCCUCUUCCAUCUGCUAUGAAGACCAUAAGCAGCUGCCUUAUACUAAUGCUGUGUUUCAUGAGGUCAUGCGUUACAGAUUUGUUGUGUUAAUAGGGACUGGAAGGCAAACUACUAAAGACGUGAACAUAGGGAGUUUUUUCAUCCCAAAGGAGACAGUUAUUAUUCCUGAUAUGUAUGCUAUUCUUCAUGAUCCUCAGCACUGGGAGACUCCUGAAGAAUUCAAUCCCAAUCAUUUUUUGGACAAGGAUGGAAAUUUUGUUACAAGAAAAGAGUUCCUGGUAUUUGGUGCAGGAGCUCGAGUGUGUUUGGGAGAACAGUUGGGGAGGAUGCAGUACUUCCUCUUCUUGACCAACUUAUUGAAGGCAUUCCAUUUCCAGCUGCCUCCGGGAGUCAAAGAACUCAGUGAAGAUAAUGUAGUGGGAGCGUUGCUGUCACCUAAACCUUAUAAAAUUUGUGCUGUUCCUCGCAAAAGUUCAUCAUAA